AGAACUGUAUGCUCCGAAACAACGAAACCAAAACUGCGUUUCGCCAAUGCCCUCGUUUGGCGCUUAAAAAAAGAGAAAGAAAACGUAAAUGCACGGUGUGCAAUUAUUUGUAUUUUAUAGCAACGAGUAACUUCAUGUACACAUACAAAUUUUGUUGAUGCUUGGAAGUACAGGUUACCACGUAAUUAGCGAUGUCAACAUGUCAAUGCGUCGCCAGCGUCACCGCUGCUGGCUGCUGCUUCCGAGUCCAGGCACUUUCGUUCGUGCGCGCGUUUGCACAUUAGUGACAUAACCAAGUUUUCCGCCCACUUCAUUUACUUCCUCGUUCUGCGUUUGCAAAAUUCGCGAACCUCUAUACUGAUCUCGCAAAAUAUGCAAGGGCGCGUGCCAGAUCACUCGUGCUUUGGGCCAGCGUAACAGGCAGUCAGCCCCCAUGUUUACACUGCGCGUACACGUUUCAGCGAAACUUCGUAAUGGUGACUUUCUACUUGCUGGGAGCUGCACUGACGAUUGCCGUCUCGACCGCAGGAGAUUGCAUCACGGAUCUGAGUAGGCUUCCUUGGCUUCGCGCGCUAGCUGACAACGUGACGCACGGUUUGAUCGCAUUGCUAUGCUGGAUAAUGGUUUCGGGUCGGCCGCUGCAAAAGGCGAGCAUGCAAGACAGCCUGCUCUGCGGCUUUUUUGGCUGUGCCAUCGAUGUUGAUCACUUUCUGGCCGCAAGAUCUCUGAAUAUAGAGAAUGCCACAGGCCUGAAGACAAGACCGUUUCUACACUGUAGCUCAGUUGUGCUUGCAAGCUUGUCAGUUAUUGCACUUUUGGGAAAGCUAUUGGGACUGGCACAGGUCUACAAAGUGGCGCUGAUCGCUUUAGCGGCAGUGGCAUCGCAUCACCUGAGAGACUCUAUACGGAGGGGCUUGUGGCUGUGGCCCUUUGGCAGUACGAGCCCUCUGAAGUUGUACAUCUACUACCUUGGACUUGCAUGCACGGUGUUAAUUGCAAUGGCGGCCAUGAAGCACAUCCCUCAACAGAGAACCACUGCUGACAUACCUCUAGUGAGAAUUGUGUAACGUGUUCCAUUCAAAUAAAAGCCACAAAACCA